UGAAUGGGAAAUUAAGGUAAGCAAGGGAUAGAAGAGGUGUUAAAUUAACUAGGAUGAAUAGGAAAGGGAGUAAUUAUAAAGUCAUUGGCAAGAGGUGAGUCUGGAGAUGGAUAGGAUGGGUUUAGCGUUUUUAGGAGGUCAGUGGAAGGUCAAUUUGAGCAGAAGGAUUUUAGUCGAUUUUACAAGAGGUGGGAAAAAGAAUCUUUUAGCAGAGCAAUAAACUUUGCAAACAUUGAAAAAGGGAAUAAAAAACUUCUUGAAAAGAUGAAAGAGAUACUCAUAAGAGACCCAAAAUUGGUACCAAGCCCUAAGAAUAUGGUUGAAAACCUUUCACAAAAGAAAUCUCUAAAUUGAGAUUUUAGAAAAUAAAGAACUUGAAAGAAUUACCUUGGAAAACUACCAAAUUUUGCAAAGAUUGAGAACUAAGAAGAGCAACUAUUCUAAUCAAAAAUGGGAAGUUGACCAUAAAAGAAAGCUUCUGAUGAAGCAAAGAAUUUCUAAUUUCAAAGGCAAAAAUAUCGAAGCAUCUGCAUCAGUCAAAAGACUACCUCAAGGGCAUAGAAAGUACAAAAUAUUUAUCAAUAAUAAAAUGUUUCCCAGAUCACGAAACCUAAAUUCACUUCCUCGUAUUGAAGAGGGGAAAUAUAAAUUUCAGAGUCAUGACACAAGAUUUGGAAAUCAUUCAAGAGAGAACAUGAGCAGUCAUCAGAGCCAACAAACUCUCCAGACCCAAUACGUCUCUCCUAUCGAUUUUCAAGCUAAACUCUCUCCAAUGAAAAUCACAGGUGCUAAUAUAAAUGUUGAGAAUAAGCGGAAAAUAAUCUAUCGAAAAAUUCAUAAGUAUCAAAUCAAAACAUACUUGAUCGAGAUUGGAAAGACUAAGACGAAGUACUUUAUAGUAGCCAUUGAGCUUUCCAAACGGCAAAAGAUACAAGCUAAAGAGAUCCAUGCAAAGCAAGCUAAGAAACUUAUUAAAAACUGAGGAGGAAUAGACCAUUUUGCCAAUAAUAUAGACUUUAAGUUUGGAAAAAUUGUUAUUAAGAACAUGGACAAACUUCUUAUACAGACACUACAGCCUUUGCCCUUUGAUAAUUUCAGUGAUAAGCGGAGAGUCGUAAUAAAAAGUUAUGAAGAAGGCAAGGUUCAUUAUAAUUGUCAAUAGAGUCUUCAGAAGAGUUAGAGCCACUUAUCCAAUCAUCAUCUGAAGAUACGGAAGAGAUGUUCCCUGAGCCAAGCCCUGAAGGCCCUUGUGAUUAAUCACAGUUAAAAUCUUCA